UUUGUAAUUUUCCUUAGUGAUUUGCCUGAAGUAGUAAUGCAUGGAAAAUGUGUGUCAUUGUAUGCUGACGACUGCAAAACAUCCAGGAUUAUAAACUGUCCAGCUGAUCAUAUCCGUAUUUCAGUCAGGGCCCAGUUGUUCGAACGCCGGUUAUUGCUAACCUGGGAUAAAAUUUUAACCCAGGUUUCUUUUUCUUUUUAUCACUGAUAAAAAGAAAAGCACACUAUAGGAUAAUUUUCACUAUUCUUUUUAGAGUAUCCAGUCAUCAAAUUGUAGGCAAAGAGAAUUAAACUGAAUUUGCUUUUUAAGCUCUCAUAUCUGAGUUCAAAUUUCGCACUAACCGUGGGUUACCUUAACCCAGCUUCGAACAACCCGGCCCAGAUCUCGACAAUUUAUAUGCAUAGAGUCAACAAAACCUUAGGGAGUUUAACGUGAAGAAAUGUAAACUAAUGCAA